AUGGCCAUGUUCCACAGCCACAGCCAGAGCCAAGACCAGCUUACCAACUUCAGGGUCUUCCCCACACGUCCUAGCCGGGACACUACCAUCCACUCUGGCCUCCAGGCUGACUCAAUCCUCCUUAGGAAGGGUACCACGACCAGUUCAGGGACUUGAAGCAAUUAAAGCCCCAACUUUGGCUCCUAGGUCUGUUAGGAGCAAACCAACAUCCUCUCCAGAUUUGGCUUGGUCCUCAAGGGGCACUGUUACCAUACCCGUAGCUUCGACACUGACUAAGGCUCCAGAUAACAUACCACCCGUACCUUCCCCAACUCCUAAUAGGGAUACCCUUGCUUAUCCUCUGUUCACCUCCCCACCACCUGACCCUGAUGAAUUUAUAGUAGACUUUGAACUUAGAGAGGAGGAAUUUCCCACUCUCCAGUCAACUAUGGUGCAGACAAAGCACACCAUAGCCCAGACUAAGACCAUCACAGUCCAGGCGCAGGUGAUACACAGACCCUGCAGCCAACUUGAUUCCAGGAGUGCCCCCACAUGGACUAGGGCCACGGAGACCACACAACCACCCCAAACACCAAUUAUCAGCAAUGUAGCGAUUCAAUCUGAUCUAAACAUUUCUGACCUCUCUGUGUCAGACACUAACAUCUCCACUCUUGUUCCAACAGAGGUUCAACUAAAUAAACACCAAAACCCUGCUGAGGUGGUGACUAUGGAAAGGGGAGUAAAGGUGGAAAAAGUUGUGAUGAUGGCAGAAACCAAAGGGAAAAUCAAUCCCAAUAGUUUCCUGUCUGAACCUUCCCCAAUACUAACCUCUCCACACACCAGAUACCUCUUACCCACCCCACUUAGUCUGUCUCCAAAAAAUAGGGUUCCUUCAGACCCCUCUGCCUUCACCCAGACACUCUACCCCAACAUCCCCAGCCACCCCCCCAUUCUUGUACCAGCCAACUAG